GUUCAGGUUUUGCAGACUGUCUGUCUCAGCGUCGUCUGGCUCUGUCCCGGCUCUUCUCUGGGCCCGUUGAUCCUCCUCUCUUUGAGGCCUCCUCUGAUAGAUCCCAGGCCUCCUGUCUCUCCCUCCUCCAGCCUCUCAGGGACCUCCUUCCAGUUGAGGCAGAUCCAACCUUCUUCCUGACUCACCUGGUCGAAGUCCUCCAGGGUCUCUUCCCCUCAGUGGGCGGGGCUCUGCAGGCACUGGCUCGCUCCUCCCCCCGUCGCCUCCAGGAGGACCUGUUUGGAGGGAAGUUUCUGAAGAACGCUGCCUCCUUUAACCUGAGUGGGGCAGUGGGGGCUCAAGGAGCUCUGGGUCUGGACCGGCUCUCCUCUCAGAGUGUCACCAUCAGCCUCCAGAGGUACCAGGACCUGGUCCAGUCUGUCAGCAGGGCUCUGGAGGACCCUGCCUUCCUCUCCGCCCUCCAGCACACACUGGUGGGGCUCAGUAGCUCGGCGUCACUGGGACAGGUCCUGAUUCCUCUGCUGCGUUCCUGCUCCAGUGAGGACAAGGAUGAUGCAGCAGCCAUCUUUGUUCCCAGCUGCACAUCCAGUGGUGGUUUCCAGGAGGUUCAGUGUCAGAGUGGAGAGUGUUGGUGUGUCAACCCUCACGGUCAGGAGGUCUCAGGGUCGCGGGCUGUUGGCCGUCGGCCUCGCUGUCCAUCCCACUGUGAGAGGGAGCGAGCGAUGGCCCUGAAGGUGAAAUCAAACAUGGCUGCCGGUGCUGAAAUCCACAUCCCAGCAUGUUCUGAGGAUGGAGACUUCCUGCCUCUUCAAUGUGUUGGAUCACGCUGCUUCUGUGUGGAUGCUGAGGGAAACACCAUGACUGUUGGGCCAGUAGGGGGCGCAAUCACCUGUCCAGAGAGAACGACACUGAAGCCUCAGUCCUCUACAGGUCAGUGCUCUCAGGCAUUAGCUGAGGUCACAGCCUUCAGACAGGAAGUGAGGAGCAUCAUCAGGCUCUCCAACUCCUCACACCUCCCUCUGGGGUACGGAUUCCUAUUGGCUGAGGGGCUGCAUCUGACCCCCGAGGAGCUCCCAAUCAGCCAAUCAGAGGAGGAGCUGCGGAUCUCUGACAGGCUGCUGAGCCGCUCCAAAUCAGCUCUACGAUUGGCUGCUUACUCUG